CCACAAUACACUGCCAGUGCAAAAUGCUUGAACAAAACAUGGCAGAGGCGAUGUUUAACUAGCAGUAGGCUUCAGAUACAAAACCCAAUAGUUUAAUCCAUUUUUUUAAAAGCGUGGAAAUCGGUUUAGACACAGCAUAACAAGCCAUGAAACUACGAGAGCAGCUGCGAUGUAAGAACUUGCACGAGUUUCUGAAGGAGAUGAGCCCAGCCAUGCUGGACCGGCUCUACAAUCAUCCAGCCACCUGCCUCGCCGUCUUCAGGGAGCUUCCCCAAUUGGCUAAGAACUAUGUGAUGCGGAUGCUGUUUCUGGAACAGCCCCUCCCCCAAGCAGCAGUGGCCUAUUGGGUAAAGAAGGAGAACCAGAAGGAGCACGAUGAGAGCACUGGUGUGCUGACUGGGCUCCGGCUGUGGCACACACAGCAGCUGCCUGGAGGCCUACAGGGUUUGAUACUGAACCCCAUCUUCAAAGACAACCUGAGGAUAGCCCUGCUGGGAGGAGGGAAAGCUUGGGCCGAUGAUACCAGCCAGUUCGGGCCAGACAAGCAUGCCAGAGAUAUCGACUCCCUGAAUAAGUAUGCGAUUGAGAGAUGGGAGGUGAUUCUGCACUUCAUGGUCGGCUCUCCCAGUGCAGCAGUCAGUCAGGACCUGGCACAGCUGCUGAUUCAGGCAGGGCUUAUGAGAAGUGAGGCCGGAGAUGCCCCCUGCAUCACCUCUGCAGGUUUCCAGUUCCUCUUACUGGACACAGCCUCCCAGCUCUGGUACUUCACACUGCAGUAUCUCAAGACUGCCGAGUCUCGAGGGAUGGACCUGGUUGAAAUCCUCUCCUUCCUGUUCCAGCUCAGCUUCUCCACUCUGGGCAGGGAUUACUCUGUCGAAGGGAUGAGCGACUCCUUGCUAACUUUUCUGCAGCACCUGCGUGAGUUUGGACUUGUAUUUCAACGCAAGAGGAAAUCCCGCCGGUAUUACCCAACACGCCUAGCCAUCAAUCUUGCUGCCGGCGUUUCAGGCACCUCUGUGGAUGCCCAUAACCAGGGCUUUGUUGUCGUGGAAACCAACUACAGGAUCUACGCCUACACAGAAUCGGAGCUGCAGAUCGCCUUGGUGGCUCUCUUCUCAGAGUUGCUCUACAGAUUUCCCAACCUGAUUGUAGCCCAGGUGACCAGAGAAAGCGUGCAGCAAGCUAUCGCAAACGGGAUCACAGCCGAGCAGAUCAUCCACUUUCUCCGAACGAGAGCUCACCCAGUCAUGCUGAAGCAGACUCCAGUCCUGCCUCCAACCAUCACAGAUCAGAUUGCACUGUGGGAGCUGGAGAGAGACAGACUGCAGUUCAGUGAGGGGGUUCUGUACAAUCAGUUCUUAUCGCAGGUUGAUUUUGAGGUCCUGCGGAAUCACGCCAAGGAUUUGGGGGUACUGAUCUGGGAGAACCCCCAAAACAGAGUCAUGGUGGUGACCCAAGCCGGCCAUUCAGACGUCAAGAAGUUCUGGAAAAGGCAGAAACAUUAGCCCACACUGGAAUCUUUUGUAAUAUAUUUUUCAAACCUUGUUUUCAUUUUUAAAUAUUGAUAUAUAAAACA